AUGAAGUCCCUCCUACCUCCUUCUCCUCUUCUACGGAGGAAUAUUCAGCUUCAGCGACGAGGUAGAAUCGUCAUCGACCCAGUCCCGCCCACGACGACGACGGUCAAGCAGCAAUUGCAUUCAAUAUCAACAUCAGCAACGACACCUUCGCGGUCGACAAUAGCGAUCUCUUUCCAAAGACGACGACUACGACGACUAUUACCAGCUCCUCCUCACACACAAACACAAAUAAUACAAGCCAAACGAUCGUUCCACAUCCCUCAAUUAUCCUCCUUUUUCCCGUCCUCCUCUUCCUCUUCCUCGAAUAACAACGGCAGCAACGGCAACUCCGACGACGGCCGCACCCUCCGCGCAACCCGCACGCUGCCUUUCCCCCCAGCUCCGCUCUUCGACGUCAUCGCCUCCGUCGAGUCCUACGCGGAUUUCCUGCCCUUCCUGACGGCGUCGACGGUGACGGCGCGCGAUCCGGCGACGGGGUAUCCGACGCAGGCGUUCCUGACGGUCGGGUACGGGCCCUUCAGCGAGACGUUCACGUCGCGCGUGGACUGCGAUCGGGACAGAUGGGUCGUCGAGGCGCGGAGCGGGGGCGGAGUGGCGGAGGAUGGGAAGCCCGUUCCUGGUGCCGAUGAAGGGUUGUUCAACUACCUCAGUACGCGGUGGGAGCUGAUCCCCAUUAAGGAAGGGGAGCAGCACAAGGAAACAAGAGUGCAGCUGGAAAUCCGGUUCCGGUUCCAGAACCCGUUGCACACCGCCAUGAUGAGCGCCGUGGAGGACAAGGUCGCUGGCGUCAUGAUCGAGGCGUUUGAGAGGCGCAUCCGGGAGAGGAUGUUGUCGAAUAGGUAUUAA